GGAUAGUGGUUACGUUUGGGCGUUUGGGGCAGCACCGAUUCUGCCGUGUUGGAUCGUGUUGCCUUUGGCAGUUGGUUUUUUUGCACGCUUCCAAAUCUGGAAUAAAUUCCAGAUUUGUUCCAUUGUCGCCUUGUGGUUGUCUUUGCCGCCGUAUUUCCUCUCUGGAAUACAGCGUUUUCAUUCGGGCUUCAUGCCUUUAUUGUUUCUCUUUGCUACACAAUAAAGAUCAUUUUGGUUGUGGCCGCGUAUGGGCACAUUUCUGUGUGGCAGUCGCAGGCCACUUUCAUGGUGGAGAUGCAAGUUCGAUCCCCGUAAUCCUGUACUGACUGAUUUAUUUUCGUUACGGUUAGCAGGCAUUUUGCCUUGCGCGCCGCAUUUAGCCGAUAAUUUUAAUUUAAUUUAAAAUUGCCACCGUGUGUGCGUCAUUAAUCGCGCGCACCUGCCGAUUUUCCUGUACGGUCAAACGGAUUCCACGCUCUCGCUACAGCGCAGUGUGGAGUUGAGCCGUACCAGAAACCCGGAAAGCAUCAGCCACGUCAACCGACACAUCGCGGAGGACCGGAGCUGAUUUCCCUACGCCGUCAACCGAUAGCUGACAUCCCCGUACAUCGGACGAACGACCAGACCUCGGGCAUUCAUCCGUGAGGGAGCAGUAGAGCGGAAUCGAGAUCCUGCGUUCCGGACGACAGUCGGAAAGCAAGCAAGCACCGAAAGCACCGCGCCGUACCGUCACGUCGUGUCAGUGCAGAUAUAAUGGAGCCGACGCAGUGUUAUCGCUGCCGUUACAACACUAACCGCCGAAAAUGUGCCGAAUGUCUCUUUGGAGAUAAACUGUACAGCGAACAGGAGAAGGACACCGUCGUGAGCCGAUUGGUUAACGAAGUCCUGAACUGCAACCUGGAUGCGUAUGUCACACUUGGUGAGACGCAUUUUGAGCCGGUAUUCCAAGCCAAACCUUGGCUGCGUAUCAGGAUGAACGACGCAGCCCGGAAACUUAUUGCCGCUCGUGAACCGCAGUGGUGUGAUAUGCCACUACCUGCCGAUUUGCCACAACAGCCGAAUUAUGUUGCGCCGAUGCAGCUGCCGAUCAGCUAUCCUGCACAAGUGCAGACGCCGAUGAAUCAGGGAUAUACAACGAAUCCCGUGUCGCCGCAGCAGAUGUUGCAAUAUCCGCAAUAUCAACCGUAUCAGUAUCAGCCGGCGCAAUAUGCGCAAUAUCAGCAGCAAGCCGAUGCCGCUUUUCAUCAGCCGCAAUAUCAAUACUACCGACAGCAGAACGAACAGCAGGCGCCGAGCAGUGCUAGCAGUCCAGGGACUUCCGAUUCUUGGCUGCAUGAGCGUGGAUACCACGGAAAUACUGCACAACAGCAGUAUCCUAGCCGGGCUGCAUCGCAGCAGCGUAAAGUCGAACCGCAACCCAGCAUGUCGCGUGUACAGCCAGACGCGCGUGUUGGACUGUCGAAACAAGUAGGUAGUCUGUCUAUCGACGAAUCUAAUACGUCGAUUAAAGAGCCGUCUUCUACGGACAGUAGCCGAUCUGUGUUUGGUGCUCGACACCGUAUCGAAUAUACCCUAGAGCCGUCUGAUAAUCACUCCCAUUCUGGCAAAAAUAUAGUGGUUGCCGGGAGAGAUUUGUCGAUGUAUGAUACUAAAAAAUCCGCUGCUUUGCAGAAUCGUGGCAGACAGCGCGGAAACCAGUCGAACAUCCGUUCUGCUAGUUAUCAGCAGCGUAAUGAGCCGAAUAAAUCGCAGGAUACUAAUCAGCCGGCUGAAUCUCAGCAACCGCCGCCGCGCGAGAGUAAUUCUCGCGAUAACCGUGGUAAUCGACGACCACGCCAGCCGAUCAUCGAUCCUAAUAGGAUCUUGCGCGAUGUAACGCAGUAUACCAGCGACUUGGGUAUUUAUAUACACAAGCUGGCUACCGUCGCCGAUAUAGCAAAGACGAACGCGCCGGAGAUGUUGUACCUAAAGAAAAUGAUAUAUAAUGCCGUCGCGUUGUUGGAAAAGACCGGAUUAAGAGACCGGAUGAUGGAGUUUGACUACUCCACAGUCGAUUUGUCGCGUUCGUUAGAGAUCAUUACUUACGCGCCAGCCCGCCGAAAUAAUUUACGAACCGUGCUGGAUAAAAAACAGCUGUAUAUGCCGAUUACAGCCGUUGAUAUUGAGAUUAUUUCUCAAUUCAAGAUUUAUGGUGAUCCGAUAACCGAAAAGUUUCUGAUGCAGUUUAUACUGCCACAAGCCGAUCCCGCGAAAUUCUUCUUUUUCUGUAAAGUCGCUCAUUUCCUGAAUCAGGAAUUAAACGAGCGGAAUAUUGACUGGGAGUCGAUUCCUUACAAUACUGGGCCGAAAUUUGCCGCUAUGAGUAUCGCUGCCGCGUUACUUGGCAGUCAUAGUGCGCAUAAGUCGAUUUAUCAAAGUAAGGAACGAGCCGAAUAUUCCCAGCUGAAAGAUUUGAUUGAGCUAUUGGGAAAGCCGCUUACUGAGCAGCAGGAAGCACAGGUGUUGAAAGAUACCCUGGCUGCCGCCGGCCAUGUCGAAAUGGAUACUGACGAAGCCGAUCGUUUUUACGAUGAUGUUAAUAUCCGUAUGAAACGAUACGGAGAUCGUAAGACGCAAUUUGACAAGGGUCAGUUAUACAAAAAACGCCCUUUGCCCGAUUCGCCGGAUGCUCCUACGGGAAGCAAAACCGUACAGCCGGAGUCGAAGUUCCGAAAUACUCGGAAAAAUCAGUCGGGAGAACUCACAACGCCGCAGUUGGGAGUGAUGGGCGGAAAACAGCCUGUCAAGCCGACUCCUCCCGUUGCAAAGCCGAUUAUCAUUCCUGUAGUCAAGCCGAAUUUGCCAUUAGCAAAAUUCGGGUCUGCCCCGUCGUUGCUGGACACGACUACGGUCAAGUCCACAGGUACAAGUACCGAGCCGAAUAGAAAUAAAAAUAAUUUGCGAUCGUCGAAUACUAAUAAUGGCAAUAAUAAAGCCGCUAAUAAAACGGGUGUUGCAGGGAAAUCACAGCAGUUGCCAGCUGUGCCCGCACCUGUGCCGCCGAUCUCAACCGUUCCGGUUGAGCAGCAACAAAUAAGUGUUGCACAGCCGACUUCAGUAGAAGUGCCGAGUGUUCCAGUGGAAGAGCAGUCAGCGAGUACUGCAAUGCCGCCACAAGUAAAUACCGUACUUGUCUAUCCGCCGACGCGUGAGACCUUCGAAGAAAAGGAACUUGCGAAAUUGCCGUUAUCCCGUAUGAAUAAAACCGAACGUGAAUUUUAUGUCACGACGCAGUCGUAUCAAGAUCACGCUGAACCGUCGUCGAAUGAGUAUGUUGAAAACAUGCUCGUUGAAUUAAGAAAGAAGUCGCUUAGACAAAUGACCGAUCCGGAAUAUAUGUUUUUCAUUCGGUAUGAAAAUCCGGAGCGAUUACCUGCUUGGACGGGUAGAUCGCCAGAAAAGCCGAUUGCGCCGCAAGGCGAUGACGCCGAUGUUUUCCACGAGACAGUGGAAGAGUUGCCGGUGCGACCAGCAUUUUCUGAGGUACUUGGCGAGGCAUUGAAUGCAGUCGCCGCAGCCGAAUCUGUUCCUGACACUGCCGGCGCUGACGCUGACGUUGAUAUGCUGCCGGAUGCGGGUGCGGAUAAAGCUGCUGAAUAAAGUCGUCAAUGGAGGAUAAAGCAAGCCUCCGGAAUGGAACGCAUCAUACGGAAUGGAUCUCAUAAUUUUCGCUAUAUUUUUAUGAUUUUGUGAUUGUUAAUCAUAGUAUAUGCCGCCAAUUUGGUCGCAUUUUGCUCAUAAAUUGCUCACUGUUUGUUUUGCGAUUGUGGUAGCCUCGGGGGGCCUCGGCCGUUCCGCCCCGUGGCAUGCUAGGCGAUCGGUGCCACCGCCCAGGAUAGUGGUUACGUUUGGGCGUUUGGGGCAGCACCGAUUCUGCCGUGUUGGAUCGUGUUGCCUUUGGCAGUUGGUUUUUUUGCACGCUUCCAAAUCUGGAAUAAAUUCCAGAUUUGUUCCAUUGUCGCCUUGUGGUUGUCUUUGCCGCCGUAUUUCCUCUCUGGAAUACAGCGUUUUCAUUCGGGCUUCAUGCCUUUAUUGUUUCUCUUUGCUACACAAUAAAGAUCAUUUUGGUUGUGGCCGCGUAUGGGCACAU